AUGCUUGCUAGGUGCACCGCAAUUAAAGGAAGCCCUACUAACGCAACAUUUAGAUUGAAAAACCAAAGUUUGAGCCUUAUUGUACAUAAUACUGGAUAUUUUCGAUCAAUAGUAACUGCUUCAAGAAGAACAUUCCACCUGUCGUAUUUUAGCUAUAAAAGUGGCAUCUUUACGAAACUAAAGAAUCGAUUACAAAAGCGCAUUAUGAGUUCCGAAGCUAAUGACUAUAUCCACUUGCAUCGCCAGUUACCUGAGCAUUUCAAGGGCUCUAAUUCAAUCAAUAACGCUGAGCAAGGAAAGGUGACAGAUUUUGUCAAGUCUCAUCAGGGUCAUACUGUGAUUUCCAAAGUCUUAAUUGCUAAUAACGGUAUUGCUGCUGUGAAAGAGAUAAGAUCAGUCAGAAAAUGGGCUUACGAAACGUUUGCAGAUGAAAGAGCCAUACAGUUCACCGUUAUGGCAACGCCUGAAGAUAUGGAAGCAAAUGCAGAAUAUAUUAGAAUGGCUGACCAAUUUGUAGAGGUUCCAGGAGGUACGAAUAAUAAUAACUACGCAAACGUAGAAUUAAUUGUCGAGAUCGCAGAACGUACCAACGUUGAUGCUGUUUGGGCAGGUUGGGGACAUGCAUCCGAAAAUCCAAUACUACCUGAAAUGCUAGCAGCAUCACCCAAAAAAAUCGUCUUUAUAGGUCCUCCAGGCUCUGCGAUGCGCUCUCUAGGUGACAAGAUAUCAUCUACUAUUGUCGCGCAGCACGCUGAUGUUCCAUGUAUUCCAUGGUCAGGUACUGGUGUGAGAGAAGUAUUUGUCGACGAGAAAACCAAUCUCGUAUCAGUUAAAGAAGAGGUAUAUGAAAAAGGUUGCUGUCGUUCACCUGAAGAUGGGCUAGAGAAAGCUAAAAAGAUUGGAUUUCCAGUCAUGAUCAAGGCUUCCGAAGGUGGAGGUGGUAAAGGUAUUAGGAAAGUUGAAUCCGAACACGAAUUUAUCGCCUUAUACAAACAAGCAGCAAAUGAAAUACCGGGUUCUCCUAUUUUUGUAAUGAAGUUGGCCGGUGAUGCAAGACAUUUGGAGGUCCAGCUUUUGGCCGAUCAAUAUGGUACUAAUAUUUCUCUCUUUGGUAGAGAUUGUUCAGUUCAAAGACGUCAUCAGAAGAUUAUAGAAGAGGCACCUGUGACUAUUGCAAAGAAGGAUACUUUCCAUGCAAUGGAAAAUGCUGCAAUCAGGCUUGGUAAAUUGGUGGGUUAUGUAUCAGCUGGUACCGUAGAGUAUCUUUAUUCGCAUUCUGAAGAUAAAUUCUACUUUUUGGAGUUAAACCCACGUUUACAAGUAGAACAUCCAACUACAGAAAUGGUAACCGGCGUUAACUUACCUGCCGCUCAAUUACAGAUUGCAAUGGGUAUUCCAAUGCAUAGAAUCAGGGAUAUAAGAAGCUUAUAUGGUGUUGAUCCUCAUACCUCCACCGUCAUUGAUUUUGAAUUUAAGUCAGAAAAGUCAUUAAGUACUCAAAGAAGACCAGUACCUAAAGGUCAUACAACGGCUUGUCGUAUUACUUCAGAAGAUCCUGGUGAAGGUUUCAAACCAUCUGGAGGUACUAUUCACGAGUUGAAUUUCAGGUCAUCAUCUAACGUUUGGGGUUAUUUUUCUGUGGCCAAUCAAUCAUCCAUUCACUCGUUCUCUGAUUCACAGUUUGGACAUAUUUUUGCUUUUGGUGAAAAUAGACAAGCAUCCAGAAAGCAUAUGGUUGUUGCAUUAAAGGAAUUAUCUAUCAGAGGUGAUUUUAGAACAACUGUUGAAUAUUUAAUUAAGUUAUUAGAGACUCCUGACUUCGAAGAUAAUACUAUUACAACUGGUUGGUUGGAUGAAUUGAUCACCAAAAAACUCACUGCCGAGAGGCCUGAUCCUAUUAUCGCAGUUGUUUGUGGUGCAGUCGCAAAAGCUUACAUUCAAUCAGAAGAAGACAAGAACGAAUAUAUACAGUCCUUAGAAAAAGGUCAAGUUCCUAAUAAAGAACUAUUAAAGACAAUAUUUCCUAUCGAGUUUAUUUAUGAAGGACAAAGAUAUAAGUUUACAGCUACUAAAUCGUCUAACGACUCUUAUACAUUGUUUUUGAAUGGAUCGAGAUGUGUGAUUGGUGCUAGACCCUUAUCCGAUGGAGGAUUGUUAUGUGCCAUAGAUGGAAGAUCUCAUUCUAUUUACUGGAAGGAAGAGGCUUCAGCCACGAGAAUAUCAGUAGAUGGAAAAACAUGCUUAUUGGAAGCAGAGAAUGAUCCUACGCAAUUACGUACGCCUUCUCCUGGAAAACUUACCAAGUAUUUAGUUGAUAGCGGGGAACACGUUGUAUCUGGACAAGCUUAUGCUGAGGUUGAAGUAAUGAAAAUGUGUAUGCCUUUGAUUGCUAAAGAAAAUGGAGUUGUUCAGCUUAUUAAGCAACCGGGCUCGACGGUUAACGCUGGUGACAUCUUGGCAAUUUUGUCUUUAGAUGAUCCAGCAAAGGUGAAGCUAGCCAGGCCUUUUGAAGGGACUUUGCCUGAUUUGGGAGAUGCUAUGAUUCAAGGAACUAAGACUGUCCACAAGUUUGAAAAAUGCUCAACAAUCUUGACAAAUAUUUUAGCUGGAUUUGACAAUCAAGUCAUUAUGAAUCCUACUUUAAAGAGCUUGAUUGAAGUUCUUAAAGAUAAGGACUUGCCAUACUCAGCAUGGAAUCAACAAGUGUCGGCCUUGCAUGCAAGGCUACCAGCAAAGCUAGAUGAAGCGUUGUCUUUGUUAAUUGAAAGAACAAGGUCAAGAAAUGCAGACUUUCCUUCUCGCCAGUUACUGAAGCAAAUCCAAAAAGCUAUUGAGGAUCCCUCGAGUGACCCUCUCCUCUGUAAUAUUGUUGCACCCUUACUUGAUAUCACAUCAAAGUAUGCGGAUGGCUUAGAAGAGCACGAAUUCAACUUCUUUGCAGGCUUAUUAAAUGAAUAUUACAAUGUUGAGCUGUUGUUUUCUGGUUCUAACGUCAGAGAUGAAGAUAUUAUAUUGAGACUUAGGGACGACAAUAAAUCUGAUUUGAAGAAAGUAGUUGAUGUUGCAUUAUCUCACGCCAAAGUUGGUAGCAAAAAUAACCUCAUUCUUGCUAUAUUAGACCAAUACCAACCUAUUUUGCAAGAUUCUUCUAGUAUUGCCCCAAGCAUCAGACUGGCACUAAGAAAUUUAGUCAAAUUGGAAUCAAGAAGUACAGUUAAAGUUGCCUUGAGAGCGAAGGAAAUAUUGAUUCAAUGUUCCUUGCCUUCAAUUAAGGAGAGGUCGGAUCAGAUGGAGCAUAUUUUGCGCUCGUCAGUUCUUGAGACCUCGUAUGGUGAGAUUUAUGCCAAGCACAGGACACCUAAAUUGGAUAUCAUGCAAGAAGUUGUUGAUUCGAAGCAUACUGUUUUUGAUGUCUUAUUACAAUUCUUAGUAAACCAAGAUGAAUGGGUAGCAAUUGCUGCUGCUGAAGUUUACGUAAGGCGUUCCUAUCGUGCUUAUUCGUUGGGUCCAAUUACCUCAAGCUUGCAUGAUAGGCUCCCAAUUGUUGAAUGGUUAUUCCAGUUACCGAACUUCAGCUCAUCCUCUUUUAGUGCGGUUCCGAGGAUAAAAUCUCAAAAUCACGACUCAAUAAAUAGGGCCGCAUCAGUAUCUGACUUAUCUUUUGUCAUGGAGACGACAGACCAGAUCGAAAGAAAAGGUGUUAUUGCUCCUUGCAGACACUUAGAUGAUCUUGAUGAGAUGCUUGAUGCUGCAUUGGAUAAGUUGCAACCGUUGGAUGCUGUUUCAUUUUCUGCAAGCGAAACUUUUCCAGAUCCUGUGAAUGUUGUGAAUAUAGUCGUGACGAAUAUAGAUGGCUAUAUUUGUGAAGAUGAAGUUUUGGGUAAAAUCAACGAAGUCAUUUCUGAGUUCAAAGAUGACUUGAAAAACGCAUCAGUUCGUCGUAUUACUUUUGUAAUUGCACACAAAAUUGGUGUCUAUCCAAAAUACUACACGUUCACUGCCCCUAAUUAUAAUGAAAACAAGGUUAUCCGUCACAUUGAACCUGCUCUCGCUUUCCAACUUGAGCUCGGAAGGCUUGAGAACUUUGAUAUAAAGCCAAUUUUUACUGAUAACCGUAACAUACAUGUAUACGAAGCAGUUGGGAAGAAUGCCCCCUCUGAUAAAAGAUUUUUCACAAGAGGUAUUAUCAGAACUGGAGUCAUUCGUGAUGAUAUCAGUAUUAGUGAGUAUUUGAUUGCUGAAUCAAAUCAUUUAAUGUCAGAUAUUUUGGACACUUUAGAAGUUAUUGACACUUCUAAUUCUGAUUUGAAUCAUAUAUUUAUCAACUUUUCAAAUGUGUUUAAUGUUUUGCCUGAAGAGGUUGAGGCGGCCUUUGGUUCAUUUUUAGAGAGAUUUGGUAGAAGAUUAUGGAGAUUGAGAGUAACGGGUGCUGAAAUUCGUAUAACAUGUAUUGACCCAAGCACCGGUAAAUCGUUCCCCUUACGUGCCAUCAUUAACAAUGUUUCUGGUUAUGUCGUUAAGUCCGAUUUAUAUAUGGAAAUGAAAAACGCUAAGGGAGAAUGGAUCUUCAAAUCUAUGGGACAUCCUGGUCCUAUGCAUUUAAGGCCCAUUUCCACGCCUUAUCCAGCCAAGGAAUCUUUGCAGCCCAAGCGUUAUAAAGCUCAUAAUAUGGGUACGACCUAUGUGUACGACUUCCCAGAGCUUUUCCGUCAGGCCACAAUUGUUCAAUGGAAGAAACACUCGAGCUCGGCGAAGAUACCGAAAAAUGUCUUCACAUCGUUAGAAUUAAUUUCUGAUGAAAAUGGGGAAUUGACAGCUGUUGAAAGAGAACCUGGCUGUAAUAAAAUUGGAAUGGUUGGAUUUAAGGCUACAGCAAAGACACCUGAAUAUCCGAAGGGCCGUCAAUUUAUAAUUGUUGCAAAUGACAUUACACAUAAAAUUGGUUCGUUUGGUCCUGAUGAAGACGAGUUCUUCAAUAAGUGUACUCAACUUGCAAGAAAACUUGGAAUUCCCAGAAUUUAUCUCUCUGCAAACUCCGGUGCUAGGCUCGGUAUUGCUGAGGAACUUGUCCCGCUCUUUAAAGUAGCAUGGAAUGAAGAUGGUUCGCCUGAUCAAGGUUUUAAAUAUUUGUAUUUGUCUCCCCAAGAUAUUAAUAUUCUUGAUGAAGCUGGUAACUCGAAUGCUGUUGUCACAGAGAAGGUGUUUGAAGAUGGGGAAGAGCGAUAUGUCAUUAAAUCAAUUGUCGGUAAGGAAGAUGGACUUGGAGUUGAAUGUCUCAGAGGCUCUGGUUUAAUUGCUGGUAGUACUUCGAAAGCUUACAAGGAUAUUUUCACCAUUACACUUGUGACGUGCAGAUCUGUGGGUAUUGGUGCCUACUUAGUCAGGUUAGGUCAGAGAGCUAUUCAAAUUGAAGGUCAGCCAAUUAUUUUGACAGGUGCACCUGCUAUUAAUAAACUUCUUGGCAGAGAAGUCUAUUCGUCGAACUUACAAUUAGGUGGAACCCAGAUCAUGUACAGAAAUGGUGUAUCUCAUUUGACUGCUACAGAUGAUUUAGCUGGUGUCGAGAAGAUAAUGGAUUGGAUGUCUUAUGUUCCUGCUAGUCGUGGUAUUCCUGUUCCAAUUUUAGAAGGUGAUGAUUCUUGGGAUAGAGACGUUGAAUAUUAUCCACCAAAGAGUGAACCCUAUGACGUUCGCUGGAUGAUUGAAGGUCGUGAAACAGGAAAUGAUUUCGAAGCGGGCCUUUUCGAUAGAGGAUCGUUCCAAGAAACAUUGUCUGGAUGGGCAAAGGGUGUCGUAGUAGGAAGAGCUCGUUUAGGAGGAAUUCCACUUGGGGUCAUAGGAGUUGACAUAAGACCAGUAGACAAUACAUUCCCUGCAGAUCCUGCCAAUCCAGACUCGACAGAAAUGAAGGUUCAAGAAGCUGGUCAGGUUUGGUAUCCAAAUUCCGCAUUCAAGACAGCGCAGGCAAUAAAUGACUUUAAUAAUGGUGAGCAGUUACCUUUGAUGAUUUUAGCGAACUGGCGUGGAUUUUCAGGGGGACAGCGUGAUAUGUACAAUGAGAUCUUGAAAUAUGGUUCAUUCAUCGUUGACGCUUUGGUGGAUUACAAGCAGCCCAUUUUCACUUAUAUUCCUCCUUUCGGAGAGCUUAGAGGUGGGUCUUGGGUCGUAGUUGAUCCUAGUAUCAAUGCAGAUAUGAUGGAGAUGUACGCCGAUACGGAUGCAAGAGGAGGUGUUUUAGAGCCAGAUGGAAUGGUCGGUAUCAAAUACAGACGUGAUAAAUUGCUAACCACAAUGGAGAGGCUCGAUCCUGAAUAUGCCGAUCUCAAAAGUAAGUUGGCCACUACAUCUGGUGAUGACCAUUCUCAUAUUUCUGCUAAAUUAGUAGCCAGAGAACAAGCUUUGUAUCCUAUAUACUCCCAAAUCUCUGUUCAGUUUGCUGAUUUGCAUGACAGAACAGGUCGUAUGCUCGCAAAGGGCGUAAUUAAAAAGGAGAUUCCAUGGGAAACUGCCAGACGCUUUUUCUUCUGGCGUUUACGUCGCCGUUUGAACGAAGAAUAUGUUUUGAAGCUUAUUGGAGAGCAGUUACCUUCUUCAACAAAAUUGGAAAAAGUUGCUAGGUUAAAGAGCUGGAUGCCUACUGUUGAUUACGAUGACGAUAGAGCAGUUUGCUCAUGGAUAGAAGAGCAUCAUGAUUUAUUACUGAGGAGAGUCGAGGAAUUAUCAAAUGAAGCAAAACGUUCCAAUAUGUUGCAAUUAUUGAAUGAAGAUUCAUUGACCUCAAUGUCCACUAUUAAGGAAUUUUUGUCAACUCUUACUGAUGAAGAAAGAGCCGAGUAUUUAAAAUCUUUGAAGUGA